AUGGCCCUGGGAGAAGAAAAGGCAGAGGCAGCUGCGGCCACGAAGGCCCUGUGCCCUGGGGGGUGGAGCUGCCUGCAUCAGGAGCUGGACCCCGCAGGGCCUGCGCGUGGGGAGCAGCCACCCCACCUGCAAGGAGGGGGGCCUGCCUCCCCUGUUGGGGGUGCCCAGGGGCUCCCUGCCCCCGCCUGCCACGGUGGGACUGGCCCUGGCCCCUCGGAGCCUGCCAGCGGGGCCAGCAGGGAGCUGGCAGCGGGUGGGUCUAAGGCGGAUCUCAGUUCCCUGCUUCCCCCUGCCAGCCUGGGGACUGGAGAUGGGCACCCCGUGAGAAGCCAGAUGGAGGAAACUAGGCUUUCUGCCUCAGAGGAGCUACCUCAGACUCACACCAUUCCCAGAACCACCGCCCUUUGCUCAGGACAUGAUGCUGACACUGAAGAGGACCCGUCCCCAGUGGAGUCGCCGCAGGCGCUAGACCACAGCCCACAGUCUCACAUCUCAGGGUUCCCGUUCCCGUCAAGGUGGAGGUCCGCGGUGAGCCCAGGUGCCACUGCGCCUCAGUCUUCCAGCUGCAGCGUCUGUGCCCCAUCCCCAGGCAGCAGCCUCCAGGGUCACCAGGAAAAGGUGGAGCCUCAGAGUUGCUCCCUUGCCAAGGUCUCCUCCUCCCUGGAGCUGGCUGUCCCGCCGUUGGCCCCCUCGCUGGUGGGGCUGGGGCCUCGGCUCCAGUGGUCGCCCCAGCCAGUGUCCUCAGGGGGCGAUGCUCGCGGGCUGGGCAGGAGGCGCCUCUCCUUCCAGGCUGAGUACUGGGCCUGCGUGCUGCCGGAUUCCCUGCCUCCCUCCCCUGACCGCCACUCCCCGCUCUGGAGCCCGAAUAAAGAGUAUGAAGACCUCCUGGACUAUACUUACCCCCUCAGGCCCGGGCCUCAGCUCCCAAAACACCUUGACAGCCGCGUGCUGGCUGAGCCCGUCCUGCAGGACUCAGGCAUAGACCUAGAUAGCUUCUCUGUCUCCCCAGCAAGCACCCUGAAGUCACCCACUAAUGUCUCGCACAGUUGCCCACCAGCAGAGGCCGCUGCCCUGCCGUUCUCAGGGCCCAGAGAGCCAAUCCUUAAGCGGUGGCCCUCUGGAGUACCCCAGAAGCAGGGCAGUGUGGGGUUGGCAUCUUGUAGCCCCACUGCCUCUACCCCCAGAGCCCCAGGCAGUAGGGACACUCCUUGGGAGAGCAGAGAGCCAACCCUGAGGGGCCUGAAGCAGUGGCCACCUGUGGGCAAGCACCUUGAGCUGGGCUCUCCCCACCUGAGAACACGGGACAGAGGGUGGCCCUCACCCAGGCUGGAAAGGGAGAAGGGGGCCAGCCAGGGUAUCGGGCGCUUCGCCUGCACGGAGUCUGGAUGGAAACCACAAGAGGAGGCGGAAAGUGAUGACGAGUAUCUGGCCCUGCCCUCUCGGCUGACGCAGGUUUCUAGCUUGGUUUCGUAUCUGGGUUGCAUUCCCACCUUGGUGCCCCUGCCCACUGAUGCUGCCGAAGGGCAGAGAUCCCUGGAUGUGUCAGACAGUGAUGGGCCAGCUUCCCUCCCGUCAGACUCCAGCCAAAGCCAGCUUCCCUCUGGGGCUGCCCUCAGAGGGUCCCGAAGCCCUGAGGACCACAACCACUGUUUGCUACGCCCCUUCGUCCGCGCAAGGGGCUCAGCGGGAGAGGGCAGUCUGGUGAGCAGCCAGACCCUGGGGGCCUCCUCUGGACCACUGAGAACACGCGCCUCCUUGCCGGCGAUGUUGGACCAGCGGGCAUCCUCGGAUCCGGAUGCCGAGGGGCAGCCUCCCAGGAAAGGAGGAGAGCGGGGAAAAGAGUCGCUCGCGCAGGGGGUGAAGACAUUUUGCUGUCAGCUGGAAGAGCUGAUCCGCUGGCUGUAUAAUGUAGCAGAAGCUGCUGACCACCUGACUGCAUCCAGGUCCAGCCUUACAGGCCUCAAGUCUUCUCUGCAGCUUUACCGGCAAUUUAAGAAAGAUAUAGAUGAACACCAGUCCCUGACGGAGAGCGUCUUACAGAAAGGGGAGAUUCUACUUCAGUGCCUGUUGGAUAAUACCCCAGUGUUAAAGGACAUCCUUGGGAGGAUCUCCAGGCAGCCCAGCGAGCUGGAGAGCCAUGCAGAUCACCUGUAUGACACAAUCUUAGCCUCUCUGGACACACUGGCUGGCUGCACCCUCAUCCCCGAGAACACACCAAUGGCACACCGGAAUGCCAGUGUGAAGGGGAUUAGCCUGGCAUCUUCUCAGGAAGAGAUGUAA